AUGAUAUCCGCGGAGGGAGAGCGCGUGCCAUUUUACAAGAGCUUUAAGUUGCGUGGUCCCGUGGAGAAGUGGUUAACUGACUUGGAAAUGACAAUGAAGAAGACGAUCCAAACCCUAAUGAAAACAACAAAAGCUCAGGUGUAUGGACAGCCACCAAACGAGUGGGUGUUCCAAACCCCAGCGCAAAUCUCUGCCUGCCUAUCGCAACUCUUUUGGACGAUGGAUGUCGAAGAAGCGCUCUCAACUGGCGGGCAGCAGCUGGAGAUGGUGCAGCAGCAGCAGCUUCUGCUGUUGCAGCAGCUGACAGCAACUGUUCAUCGCGAUUUGUCUCCGCUUCAGCGUUUUGCCGUCUCUGCGUUGGCAAUUCAAACCCUCCACAACCGCGAUGUGCUCGAAACCCUCAUCCAGAUAAACCUCACAAACCCUGAUGGGUUUGACUGGCAGAAGCAGCUGAGACACUACUGGGACGACGAAAUUGAAUCAAUUUCCAUUGUGCAGCUAACAGCUGAAUUUAGCUACGGAAACGAAUAUUUAGGGGCCCCACAGCGGCUGGUCAUAACUCCUCUUACAGACCGCUGCUGGCUAACCAUCACCACUGCGUUAAAGGAAUUAUUUUUGAACAGCAGCAUAGCAGGGCCUGCAGGGUCAGGAAAAACAGAAACAGUAAAAGAACUGGCUAAAGUGUUAGGGUUUUUGUGUGUCGUUUUGAACUGUUCCGAGGCUGUCGAUUUGUACGUAUUGGAUAAAGUCUUUGCAGGUGUGCUGGCUAGCGGCGCCUGGGCGUGUUUGGAUGAAUUCAAUCGAUUGGACUUGGAGGUUUUAUCUGUCGUUGCUCAGCAACUGCUGCGCAUGCGCCAUCUCCUCAUGACUGCAGCCACCACCAAUCCCCAAGGCCCUACUACAGACAAGCCCCACGACGGGCCGUCUGUAUGUGCUAGCUGCGGCAUCUUCUCAACCCUUAACCCUAAUUAUGGAGGAAGAGCAGAACUGCCACAGAAUCUGCAGUGUCUCUUCCGCCCCGUUGCGAUGGUUGUCCCUGACUUUGAGGCAAUCGCUGAAAUUACUAUCUUUGCUCAAGGUGCUGUUCAGCUGUCGCCCCAAAUUCACUACGACUUCGGCCUCAGGGCAGCCAAGGCUGCGCUGUUGAGAGCAGGAGAAAUCAGGAGAGAACACCCAAACAAAUCGGAAGAAGCAGCCCUCGCCCAGGCUAUCAGAGAUUCAAACGAAUCCAAGUUUACGGCUGAAGAUAAGCCCAUCUUCCAAGCUCUUCUUCAGGAUUUCUUCCCUCAAGUUCUUGAGGAAGCAGACAAGGAAAAUGCUAUUGAACAAGAAAUUCGGGAAGCCAUGAAGUUUCUCGACUUGGUGCCUCACGCGGAAAGUGUUCAAUUGGGGGUUUACUUGCGUCAAUUGUUGGAGUCGCGCCGAGGGACAAUUGUCUUGGGUUCAGCGGGUACAGGGAAGAGUAGCACGAUUUCUGCUGCAACACAUUCUCUUUCUUUUGCGUGGUCUGCUGCUGCUUCUGCUGCUGAAGAUGCCGAUACCGACGCAGAUGCAACAACAAGCAGCACUUCUGGAGCAACAAAUAGCAGCAGCAGCAGCAGUGGUGGUGGCGGCGGCGGCGCAGCAGCAGGAGGAACAGAAGAGGCAGCAGAAGAGGCUGAUGAGGAAGCGGCUGGAGAAGACGAUUCCGCAUCUCGUGACCGCAGCACCAGCAGCAGCAGCAACAGACUGAGCAGCAGAAUGAGCAGCAGCAGCAGCAUCUGGGGACCUGCUGCUGCUGCAGUGCAAUGCCGCACAGUGAAUCCUAAGGCAGUAACAACAGCAGAAUUAUUGGGAGUUUUUAAUGAAACAACAAAAGAAUGGAGUGACGGAAUUUCAAGUUUAAUUAUUCGUGAAUAUGCAGAAAAUCAAUCGAAACCUAAAAAGCAAAUCCUUAUCUUCGAUGGACCCAUCGACUCACUUUGGGUUGAAUCCCUCAAUACUGUACUUGAUGACAACCAAAUGCUCUGUCUACCCAAUGGUGAGAGAAUCCGCUUAACUCCUUCGAUUCGCCUUCUAUUUGAAGUCUCUGAUUUAGAGGCUGCAUCGCCUGCAACUGUCAGUCGCUGCGGGAUGCUUUAUGUCUCCUCUCAAGUACUCCACUGGAAGCAUAUCAUGGAAGCAUAUCUUGCAAGACUGGCGGAUUUGGUGCCCCGCGAGUUUAUUUGUUCUUUGCGGGGCCUCUUUGAGCUUUCGAUUCCUCCUUGUCAAGUCUUCCUUCAAUCCGAGAAAGCAAGUGGUGAUUCAGAUAACAAUAACAACAACAAUAACAACGGCAACGACGGCAACAACACCAACAGCAGCGGCAGCAGCAGCAGCACCAGCACGCUUAGCGCAGAGGCAAUUGUUCAAUCAAUAUUCCGAAUGCUCAUAGCGCUACUCGAACUGCCUGUACACCCGACGGCUCCCGACCCAAGACAAAAGGGAAACAGGGAACCGACUGACAGCAAAAGCCGUCGCAUGUCUCAGCGCGCGAGCAGCGUGCAUGCAGACCCUCCGAGAUGUCUGUACACCCCAGAGGAGUUAGAGUUUUUGUUGGCCCCUUGUUUCUUUUUCUGCUUCGUCUGGAGUGUUGGCGGCAGCGGCUGCAUGCAAGAUGUGUUUUCUUUUUCUCGUUUUUGUGAGGAUUUAUUUGAAGAGUAUGUAUCUUUACCUCGGGGAGCAGAUGUGCUUGAUUUAUGCUUAAAUAUACAGCUGAAAGCAAAUGCCUCUCUUACAUGCAAGCGCAGCAAUUCAGGUGUACCUACACUGGAAGAAGAGCCACUGCCGAGCCUGCCGAGCCCUCGAGAAGAAGGAGCUGGAGGAGACAAACCCCCACCAAAGGAAACCAAAAUAAAACUUACAGACCCUCAAGCCUUAGAAAAGGCUAAGAGACAUAAAGCCUACUUUAUCCCUUGGGAGAAGACGAUCCCCGACGAUCCCAUCGAUCUUACUGCAGAUUUCCACUCCCUCCUCGUUCCCUCCAAAGAAACCAUUCGCAUGCGUUCUAUGGUAGAACUUCUCAUCAAAGGAAAAAUACCUAUUCUCCUCAGCGGACCUAGCGGAGCAGGAAAGACGGCUUUAAUGAAACAACUGCUGCAACAAAAGCAGCGCGAAGAGAGGGUUCAAGUUAUUUCUUUAGGGUUUUCCUCAAACAUAAAACCUGCAACCUUGCAGGCGCUCCUUGAAUCCAAACUCGAGACGAAGCGAAAAGCCCUGCUAGGACCUCCAGCCAACCACGAUUGCAUUGUUUGGUUAGAUGAUUGCAACCUACCUCUUCCUGACAGUUUCGGGUCUCAGCCAACAGCUGAGCUCAUCAGGCAAAUAGAAGAAUUCAAAGGCUUCUAUGACUUGAAACGCAUGCACUGGAAAGCGGUUGAGAGGCUCUUCUUUAUUCUUUCUGUUGCUGACCCCACAGCUGGUCGUCCUCUUCUCUCUCCUCGGCUGUCUAGACACUUCCAAGGCAUUUUAGUUUCUGAUAUGGAUGAUUGUUCUACUCAAAAGAUCUUCCAGACCAUCCUUGAAACCCACUUCGCACACAUCGGGGCGAAACAGGAGCUCCGAGUUCAGGCUAAGGCCAUCGUUGAUGCUAGCAUUGAGCUCUAUAGACAAGUGAAGAUGACUUUGCUGCCAACGCCCUCGCGGCCAACAUAUUUGUUCAAUUUCCGUCACCUUAAGAAUCUGUUCCAAGGCCUAAUAUCUGCAGAUGCAGAUGCAAUUGCCCCAAGAAAUGCAUUUGUCAGGCUGUGGAUGCACGAGUGCAAGAGGACAUUUGGAGACCGUCUGAUGAGCCGGGAGGAGGGAGAGUGGUUGGAGGAGUUGUUGAGGGAUUUAGCGACGCGGCGGUUGUAUUAUUCUGCUGCAGCGGCUGCUGCAGCCCAGCAGCAGCAGCAACAGCAACAGAAAAGUGGGAAUUACUUGAACUUAUGGGGCGAUUGCUUCUCCAGGGGGCAGCUGCAUUACCGCGAGGCUCCACCUAUGGAGCAGCUGCUGCUGCUUCUGCAUCAAUACAGCGAAGAAGCAGCUAGCAUGCUGCAGACAGGCACGGAAGGCGAUACAACAGGAGCAGCAGCAAACCCUGUUGUCUUCUUUCCAGAGGCAGCAGAACGCAUUGUUGCCCUCUGCCGACACCUCAAAUAUCCCCAAGGAAAUGUCAUUCUUCUCGGUGUGGGGGCAACAGGCAAACAAACCACUGCAAGAAUUGCUGCAUGCAUUCGGGGCUAUGCUUUAAAAGAAUUUGAAUGCCAUGCCGACGGCAGCAAGGACUCUGCAGGAGACUCUUGGACCGGCUCGCAGCAGCAGCAGCAGAGUACCACAAGCAGCAGCAGCAGUGGCGGUAGUGGCAUGGAGGCUGGAUCCUCUUCAAUAACUGGCAGCAGCAACACUAGCACCACCACCACCAGCACCACCAGCCGCAGCAGCGCAGCACUUAACAAGUUCCGUGAGGACCUUAAAGAUGUUCUAAUGAGCGCCGGUCUUAGUGGAGGAAAAGAAACAAUCUUUUUGGUUAAUGACAGCCAAAUACUAGAUGAGCAAAUACUCGAAUAUGCAGACGCCAUUGCCAAUACCGGAGAGGUGCAUGGUUUGCUGGAUUCGGACUCCGUGGAGAUGAUUGUUUCGGACUUGACCUCUGCUGCUGUGGCUGGUGGUUUGAUCAGCAGCAGCGCCACCCCCAGCAGCAGCAGCACUAGCAGCAGCACCAGCACCGAGUUUAUAUUAAGUUUGUUUAGAGAUAAUAUAUUAAAAAGACUACGAAUAUGCCUUUGUCUGUCUCCUAUUGGUAGCAGUCUUCGAGCAAGACUUAGAAGAAAUGCAGGACUUAAUAAAGCUUUUAUAUAUUUAUUUUUCAGUGUAUGGGGAGCUUCUGCUUUAUCUGAUGUUGCUGCUCACCUAUUUGCUGCUUCAACGCCGCAGCUGCAACAGCCGCAACUGCAGCAGCUGCAGCAACAGCAACCAGAGGAGCAGCAGGAACAAUCACAACAACAACAGCAGCAACAGCAGCAGCAGCGACAGCAACAGCAACAGCAGCACAAGAAAACACUAUCCCAACUCUGCGUAGAUAUCCAUCUUAGCGCAGAAGCAGAAGCAAAACACUUUUAUGAAAGGGAGAGGAGAAUUGUUUAUGUCGUCCCGAAAGCAUUCCUUGACUUCAUCUCUCUCUUCAACAUUCUGCUGGGCCAACGCCGAAGUGCUUUGAAUUCAAAGCUGCAGCUGCUGAGUUCUGGUAUUGCUCAAUUAGAAGCAGCAGCAGUUCAAGUCAAGCAGCUGCAAGGAGAGCUGCAGCAGCUGAGGCCCGUCCUACAGGAGAAGCAUGCAAAGGCAGAAGCCCUCCUCAAGCAAGUUGAGGCGGACAAGGCAGUGGCGGAGGCAGAAGAAAAGAAUGUUUCUAAGGAAGGAGAAAUUGUUGCGCAGCAUAGAAGUGCAGCAUUGGCGUUGCAGGCAGAGGCUCAACAGGAGUUUGAUGAGGCAUUGCCUGCCUUAGAAGCAGCUCUUUCUUCUCUCGAUUCCCUGGAUAAGCGCGAUAUUACAGAAAUCAAAUCCUUCGCGAAACCUCCCCCUCUUGUCAUGUUAACAAUGGAGGCUGUCUGCACUAUAUUAGGAGAGAAGACGGAGUGGGAGCAGUGUAGGAAGGUCCUUGCCGAUACAGGGUUUUUGAAUCGUCUGACGUCAUUUGAUAAAGAGCAUAUAUCUCCCACAACUCUCAAAAAGCUCGAAAAGAUUCUCCAGCGGCCGGACUUCACGCCUGAAGUAGUGGGAAAGCAAUCUGUGGCCGCCAUGUCCCUAUGCAUGUGGGUAUUGGCUAUAAACAAAUAUGCGAAGAUUUCAAAAGAAGUUGAGCCGAAAAGAAAGAAAGUUGAAGAGCUUAACGCACGGCUCGCAGAGGCAGACGAGGCGUUAAAAGAAUCACAAAACCGCUGCCGACAGGUGCAAGCAAAGGUGCAGCAAAUGGAGCAGGAGUUGCAGCAGCAACUGCGCGAGAAGGAGACACUUGAAAAGGAGACGCUUCUUUGUCAAACAAGACUUAACAGAGCCAACUUCCUUACCCAGGGGCUUACCAAAGAAGCGGUGCGUUGGCGAGAAUCUCUCGCUGCAGCAGCGCAGCAUUUGUCUUCUUUAGAAGGAGACAGUCUCCUUGCUGCAGCAAGUUUAAUAUACUUGGGGCCUUUGAUGGAGUUUUAUAGGGAAAGGCUGCAGCAGCAUUGGCAGCAGCUGCUGCAGCAGCACCAAAUUGCAUGCUCCCCUGGAUUUGACCUACGAGACAUUAUGUCCAGCCCCGUCGAGAUCAACGAGUGGCGCAUGCAGGUGGAGGACAUCGAAGAGGAUAUACCACCUUUCUUCUCCCCUUUGCUGCGGCUGCCGCUGCAGCAGCCGCAGCAAGCCCUCGAAAACCCGCCGAGGGUUUUCCUCGGGGGUAUGGACAUCCGAUUGUCUAUCGUGGACUUCUCUGUCACCCGUGAGGGUUUAGAGCAGCAGCUGCUGGUUGAAAUUGUUUUAAUCGAAAACCCUGAGGCGGAGAGGCAGAAGACUCAAAUACAAAUACAAAAUGCGAUUGACCAGAGACAGCUCCAGGAAUUGGAGGAGACGAUGCUGCGUCUGCUGUCUACAUGUGGAGGCAGCAUAUUAGACGACGCGCAGCUAACAGACACCCUGGAGGAAGCAAGAGAGACAGCAGCGGCAGUAGCAGAGAGACUAAAAGAAGCAGCAAUAGUAAUGAGUGACUUAGAAGCAAUAAGUAAAUGUUUUAAACCCGCGGCAUCUAGAGGGUCUCUUCUCUUCUUUACAGCCCAGCAGCUCCAAACCCUAAACCCUAUGUAUACUUGCAGCCUUGAGCUCUUCCUAAAAGCUUUCACAGAAGCUAUUAAGGAGCAGCACCAGGAAUACCAGCUGCAGCAAGGCCCUGCUGCAGGAGAGGCAGCAGCAUCGUCAGACGGCUUAGCAGCAGCAAUGCCUGCAACCGACUUGCAACUAUCUCCACCAACGGGAGCGACGGAAACCCCAAUUGUUACACCAACUGCAGCAGCAGCAGCGGCAACAGCAGCCGCAAUAGCAACCAAUGAAGAUAGGAUCCGUGCUCUUGUAGAAGCAGCAAGUUUAGCGGUUUAUUCACAAACCCUCACUGGCCUCUUUGAAAAAGACAAAUUGCCUUUCGCCUUCGCAGUCGCAGCCGAAGUCCUCAAAAGGGAAAAGUUCCCCGAAGCAUCCGAGGCGAGUGAGCUGCUGAUGGGGGGAAUGGCAUGGGGGUCGGAAGAUUGCAGCAGCAACGAGACGGACGACAGCAGCAGGCCGAAUCCUGUGCCAGAGUUGCUGCAGCAGCAGCAAUGGCAGCAGCUACUGUCCCUUUCUGCUGCUGUCUCCUCUCUUCAACGUUUCCCCGUCCAUAUAGUAGCAGAGACAGACAAAUGGAGACAAUGGCUACAAACCGCCGCUAUCCAUAAACAAGUCCCUCCCCUCUUUAAAGAAGAAGAAAGAGUGUUUAGGGCAUUUGAGACCAUGCUUCUACUUUCCAUUGUCAAGCAAGAAGCUGUUGCUGCAUUUGCAUUAGAAGUGGUUGAGCAAGUGCUUGGCCCAUCCUUCUCUGAGUUAAGUUCUCCUUCCUUAGAGCAAGUUGUUAGCUGCAGCGACAGCAGCAACCCGCUGCUUGUGCUGCUCUCGCCAGGAGCAGACCCCACAUCUUCCUUCUUUUCUCUUGCUGAGCAGCAAAACCCUAAACCGCGGUUCGAUUGCAUCUCUCUAGGAAGAGGACAAUGGCCUAAGGCAUCCAAAGUUCUCGCUAACGCAAUUCGAGAGGGGGGCUGGGUUUUACUGCAGAAUUGCCACUUGGCGAAGAGUUGGAUGGCGGAGUUACAGAAAGAGAGGAGUAGUUUCGGUUCCUUGGGAUGGAACGAAUCUUACAGAUUCGGUGCAGCCGAUUUAGGUGCAUCAUUAACUUUAUUGCGGUGUAUAUGGACCUUCGGAGAAACUGUAGGAGGAGAAACGCCUUCGUCUGCCUCUUCUACUUCUUUAGACCCUCUUCGUCGUCUUGUUUGCGAAGUUACUUAUGGUGGUCGAUUAACCACUAAUUGGGACUCCCGCUGUCUUCGAUGUCUAGCAGAAAAUAUCCUUAAGGAUAAUAUUUUACAAGACCCACAAGCACUCGCAGACAAAGGUGUGGGGCCGAUUGGGCUGGAGGAGGAUUUGGACGUCGCCUUUGCUAUGCUGCAGUCGCAAGCAGCAGCAUCCCCUCAACUACUGGGGCUGCAUGCAUCUGCGGCUGUGCUGCUAGAAAGAGACAGGGGGAGACAGCUGCUGCAGCAGCUACACAGCCUGCAGCCUCUGGAAGCAGCAGCAGCAGGAGGGUCUGCCGCAGAGCAGCUACUGCUCUCAAGAGUUGAGCAGAUACAGCAGCGAAUUGGCAGCUGCCUGAAUUUGCUGCUGGAGCCAAAGACAGUAGAUGUGUCUAAAGCUGUUGCUGCAGCAAAAGAAGCAGCAGCAGCAGCAGCAUCAGCAGCAGCAUCAGGAGCAACCGGAACAGCAGAGACAACAACAGCAGCAGAAAAUGACGCAGAUGCACACAAACACCCACAAGAUGCGCUCGGUGUUUUCUUUGUACAAGAGGCGUCUCGCUUCUCGUGUUUGUUACAAACCAUCGCACAAACCCUUGAGCAGCUGCGUCUUGCAAUUAAGGGUUUAGUUGCCUCUUCUCCUGAGACAGAAGCUCUAUUUGACGCCAUCAAUAAGAACCAG